AUGUUUCUGAACUCCAUUUUGGUGGUGGUGACAGACCUUGCAGCUGGAUUCAUUGGAAAUGCUUCAUUCCGCCGCCAUUUUCACCUGGUGCUCUCAGGCGUGGUUCUCUUUGGCCCUGCCCUGAGCCUUUGGGUCUCUCAGUACAGCAUCUUUGCAAACAAGAGCCACUACCUGUACAGGAAGUUUCUGCGCUCUGGCUGGGGCUGGACCUGCAUCUUCGUGGGCUCCUUCGUCUUCCUCCUCUACUUCUCCGUGCGCCGGUCCCUCGCUCUCUCGCUGCGGCACCUCUCCAGGCUGGCAGUUGCGGGAGGGCUGUGGGUGGGGUUUCGGCGGCUGCUGUCCCUGCUGGUGAACGCCACGGGGAGCUGCUACCAGCCUCUGAGUGCCUCCCUCGGGGUGCAGCUCGCACAGGGCCAGAGCGGGCUGGGGCAGCCCCUGCUGCUGCUGCGGGAGGGCGAGACCAAGGCCACCUGCCUCAAAUCCGGCAUGCUGUGGCGCGGGUACGAGGUCUCGGAGGACGCCUUCCUGCUCUGCCUCUGCUGCCUGCUCCUGGCCGAGGAGACGGCCGUGUUUGGGCCCUACCUGGCCCUGGGCGGGCCCUCAGGGGCCCCGCUGCGCCUGCUCUUCCUGUUCUGUGUCUUCCUGCUCGGCCUCUGGGUGUUCCUGCUGCUCUGUCUUUUGGCCCACUUUCCGCAGUUCCCCACGCAGCUGCUAGGGGGCGCGCUGGGCUGCUUAGGAUGGAGAGGUCUGUACCAGGGAUGGUACCGCCUGGGACCUAGCUGGUACUGCCCUGGGCGGCCCGGGGUGGGCCUGUUGACCACAAAGUCAUCGACCUGGAACAAAGAUGAAAACUGA